CAUCAUGGCUGCCUUCAGUAGAGGCAGGCCAAAUAUCAGAGGUCUCUUCACCUUCAGGACUUUAAUAUCUACAAGAAAUUUUACUGCAGGUAAUUUUGAUUAUGAUCUGGUGGUGAUUGGUGGAGGAUCUGGAGGGUUAGCAUGUUCAAAAGAAGCUGCCCAGUUAGGACAGAAAGUAGCUGUCUUGGACUAUGUCAAACCUUCACUCAAAGGCUCAAAAUGGGGUCUUGGUGGCACUUGUGUGAAUGUUGGCUGUAUUCCAAAGAAGCUUAUGCAUCAUGCGGCGUUGCUCGGCACUGCAGUCAAAGAUGCAAGGAAGUAUGGCUGGCAAAUCCCAGAAUCCCUCUCACAUGACUGGCCAAUGAUGGCAGAGGCUGUCCAAAACCAUGUGAGGUCCCUAAACUGGGGUCACAGAGUUCAACUACAGGACAAGAAGGUGAAAUAUUUGAAUAUGAUGGGCAGUCUGGUGGAUAAACACACUGUCAGAGCUGUGAAUGCCAAAGGGAAAGAGACAACAGUGACUGCGAAAAACAUUGUGUUAGCCACUGGUGGACGGCCAAAGUACCCCACACAUGUGCCGGGAGCCAUGGAGUUUGGAAUUACAAGUGAUGAUAUCUUCUGGCUCAAACAGUCACCAAGGAAAACGUUGGUUGUUGGUGCCAGUUAUGUAGCAUUGGAAUGUGCUGGCUUCCUCACUGGCAUUGGGCUGGACACCACUGUGAUGGUGCGUAGUAUCGCCCUCCGUGGGUUUGAUCAGCAAAUGGCUGGUUUAGUCACAGACUACAUGGAGGCAUAUGGCACCAAGUUCUCCUGGAGGUCUACUCCGAAACAAGUAGAAAAGCUCCCGUCUGGGCUUCUUCAGGUCACAUGGACCGAUCUAAACACUGAAGAGGAGCGUCAAGACACCUUCAACACAGUACUCUGGGCAGUAGGCAGAGCCCCUGAAGCCAGGACACUCAAUCUGGAGAAUGUCGGCGUGAAGAUCAACAAAGAAACGGGGAAAAUAAUUGUGGCCGCUGAUGAGGCAACAUCUGUGCCGAACAUUUACGCAAUUGGGGACAUUGGCGAGGGUCGUCCUGAGUUGACCCCAACAGCUAUUAAGGCGGGAAAGCUCCUUGCCCAUAGAUUGGAGGGCCAUUCCACUGAGCUCAUGAACUAUGAUAACGUAGCCACUACAGUGUUCACGCCACUAGAAUAUGGUUGUGUAGGUCUGUCUGAAGAAGAGGCAGAGAAGAGAUAUGGAAAAGACCAGAUUGAGGUGUAUCAUGCUUUCUACAAACCACUGGAGUUCACCGUGGCCGAGAGAGAUGCCAGUCAGUGCUACAUUAAGGUUAUUUGUCUACGUAAAGGUGAGCAGCGUGUUCUGGGUCUGCAUUUUACCGGGCCAAAUGCUGGCGAGGUCACGCAGGGUUUUUCUCUGGGCUUCCAGUGUGGGCUUACCUACGCUCACCUGAGGAAUACGGUUGGGAUUCACCCCACCUGUGCCGAGGAGCUGACCAAAGUCAACAUCACUAAACGCUCUGGUCUGGACGCCACGGUAACGGGCUGCUGAGGUUAAGCAUCCCCUCACUGAUCACACGAGCACACGGGAACCAACAGAACAGGGUGUUGUCAUGUCAUAAUUGGGGUGCAAAACUAAACGUAACCCGCAGGCCAUUUCGAACGUCCAGAAUUCUGGAGAUGCAGGACAAAGAAUGAGACAUGAAAUUGUGUCUCAGUUUUUGUUUUAAAAGUUCUUCUGCGUCUGUUCUUACCUCCAGUCUAUGCGCACUGGGAGUCUUAACUUUGACCUUUGAGCCAUGGAACCAAUGCAAAUCAAACACAGCAGUACUUCACUACUACAGUUAAAUGGAAAAACUAUUUUCUUAAUAAUAAUUGACCAGUUUUUAGUAAAAAAAAAAAAUGAAAUCAUUAAAUUAAAACACCCUUAAAAUAAGAAAAAAAUUAUUCACUUAUGUGUUUAUAUGUGUAGAAUAUGUUUAUAUUAGGUUUAUUUUUCAUACCCAUUUGCCAAAUCGAUUUUUAUAUAUUUAAGUUUUCUCUAUUAAAGUAAAUCUAAGAAAAAUCUUGUCAGGUUUAAGCUUAAAACAAGAAAUAAAAAACAGGCGGCAACUGGGCAAGUAAAAUAAAUUCACUCAAGAAAUAAGGCGUAUAUAUCUCAGUUUCUCAAGGAAAUGUAUCUUGUUUUAAGAAUAUUUACAUAUAUUUAGGGGGGUGCAAAAGCCUUAUUGAGAAAAAUGUAUGUAUGUUAGUUUCCUACAUGAUAUCUCCCGUGAAGGUCCACAUUUUAAAUGUUAACCUUUUUGAUGUUGCAUUCCAGAGGCCAAUGCUAACAAGUAAUUCCUUCUUUACAUCAGCAGUGAAUCAUCGUUUCCAGGAGAGUUUUUUUUUUUUUACUGUGGAUCAUGGUAAUCCAAUAAGGUGCUCGUGUUUGCACUUCGGAAUAAGAUUGUAGAUCCAGGUUAAGGCAACACUAACCGCAAGUGCCGCUAUGAACAGAUAAACACGGCCGUAAAUCAGGAUUAAGGCCCAAUUACAGUGUGCUGAAAUGGGAACCGUAGGAGAAAGUGGCCUAAUGUUUCUGAAAUAUAUUCUGCAAAUAUUGUUGUUUCUCUAGCUGUACUUCCUGUCCAUUAGUCAUGCGCCGCUCUGACACUGAUGGAUGGGAUAGGCCCGUCGAUACGCUGACACCACCCCAUUUCCCAGGAACGUAGACAAACACUCGGUGAGCAGCGUGUCACUCAAACCCCGAAUAUAGUCGUGGACAGAGUGAGCGCUUGUUUAGUCCUGGACUUCAGGAGGUUCCCCAGAGCACAGGGGGAACAAAGAGUACACAGCAAUAACAUACUCUCCUGCUCUUAAAGGAAUAGUUCAACCACAAAUCAUUUCAUCAUUUAUAUACACUUAUGUUGUUCCAAACCCAUAUGACUUUUUCUGGCCACGCUUUUCUAUAUAAUGAAAGUAAAAUGGGACUGAGGCUCUCAGGCUCCAAAAUUAGAAAAAGGGCCAUCAAAUUUAGCUUAACAACAAAUUAGCUUUGUGUGAGAAACCACACAAAAAUACAAAAAUGUAAGUUGCUUUUUAUGGCUUCAGAAGACUUGGAAUAUAGUUGUGAUGCUUAACAACCCCAGUCUUCUUUCCCUUCCUUUAAACGGCAAACCGUGGUGGACAGAAGAGCUAUUCCUUUAUCAUCUUCUCUGUGUUAAGUUUUAUAAGCCAAAUAAGGCAGUGGCUGCUUUCAGUAGUGCCGCUGACUUCCUAAAGGUGGCAGUGUUCCGUUUCUCCUGAAACUUUACUCGCAUAUGUGAGGAUAAAAUCUCUGGAUGAGAUCUGAACCAUUUAGUCAUUACAAAUUCAAGUAACCGUUAAUCACUGGCAGAAUUUAAGAUUAAUUGAACACCUACUGGGCGUUUUGCAUUUCAUAGGUUUAGCUUAUCUGUUGUUUGUGUACUUGGCUAAUAGCUUUGGCCCACAGUGCUGCCACCCUCCUUAGAGGCUGGGGUACUUGCACUACACCUAUUCCCAAAAGUUCAAUUAAUUUUGUGACCGGAAGUCAAUGACAUCUCCUAUUUACUGUCAAACUAGAUAAAGUAUUCAAAGCAUAUAUAUAUAUAAAUGUCAGUAGAACGGCAAAAACUUGCUCGAAUGUAUGUAUUGAAAUGGGAAAUAAAAUAAAAAUAUGUAAUUGUAAUUGUAGUCACAUAGGAAAUGAAAAACAACUGACAUGUUACUAUUUAACUUAUUAAACCAAUCACAAUAUCUUUCUUAGUUUGCUGCAACUAGUUCCACAAUUUUAUAAUUAUAAGAUAGGAAAUCUGAAAUCUUUCAAACCAAAUAAUGUAAAGCAUAUAUAUAUAUAUAUAUAUUUUUUUUAUAUAAAUUAUUAUUUUAUUUUUUUCAAUUUUCAGUACAGUGAUGAUGGUUCAAGUAGUGCAUGAACAUUUUAAAAGAGCCCUUAAUGGUGUAAUAAACACAAAUUUCACAUUAUUAUUUAAUUUCCAGUUUUAUUACUUCAGUAUCUUCAAUGAAAUUCAAUGCAAUGACACAGAUAUGCUAAAACUAUCAAAUGCCUCGCCUAAUUACAAUCUGUUAUUCAUUAAGCUCUAGUGCAAUAGUUAUGAUGUGUAUGUUAAAUACAUUUGAUACAUGUCCCUAGAAACACUAAACAUGAUUUCAAUGCCAGUUUCUACCUUUUCCAAUACUUAAAGGGAUUGUUCAUCCAAAAAUUAAAUUCUCUCAUUUAAUCGCCCUCAUGCCAUCCCAGAUGUGUAUGACUUUCUUCUGCUAAACACAAAUGAAGAUUUUUAGAAGAAUAUUUAAGCUCUGUUGGUCCGUACAAUGCAAGUCAACAGGGUCCAAAAGUUUGAAGCUCCAAAAUAUCAUAAAGGCAGCAUGAAAGUAUUCCACAAGACACCAGUGGAUAAAUCCAGAAGUGAUAUGAUAGGUGUGGGUGAGAAACGGAUCCAUAUUUAAGUCCUUUUUUACUAAACAUUCUCCCCUUUGCCCAGAAGGUGGCAAUAUGCACAGAGAAUGCGAAUUGCAAAUACAAAAGAACAACCACCCUCAGGAGAGAAAAGCGCUUAGCAGGGCUUGUUGAUAGUGGACAUUUAUAGUAAAAAAAAUAAAAAUAAGUACUUUAAUAUUGAUCUGUUUCUCACCUACACCUACCAUAUUCUGAAGACAUUGAUUUAACCACAGGAGUUGUAUGGGUGACUUUUAUGCUGCAUUUGUUUGCUUUUUGAGCUUAAACGUUUUGAACCCUGUUGACAUGCAUUGUAUAAACUUAGAGUGGAGAUAAAAUCUUCCUUUUGUGUUCAGCAAAAAAAAAAAAAGCCAUACACAUCUGGGAUGUCAUGAGGGUGAGUAAAUAAUGGGAGGAUUUACAUUUUUGGGUGAACUGAACUAUUCUUUUAAUAUCCAGGUAGUCUUCUGUUUGUUUAAUUAUUUUUGGGCCAGUUAACGUCGAAUUUAAUUUAAUUCCACACUACAACUUUAACAACUUACCCAGCAUUGCGUUGAGUUAAUAUGUGAGACAAUAUGUUAAGCAUAGGUGGUUGUACACAUAGCAGCAUUGGAGUUAUGAGAAUGCAAUUGUGUUACAAGUGAGGGUUGUGUUGGAAAGAACGGCACUGCUGGAAUUUGUUUUUGUUUGAAGUCUAAUCUGCCCUGGCUCUGAUUAAUGAGCCUGAGAGCGGAGUGACAGCUUGCUGUGGCGAUGGAGAGGAGCGCUGCGCUACCAGGUUUAUUUGUACCCACGGUUGAUGGGAAGGGGGUACCGUGUGCUCGACUCAGAGAUGGGGUGCUGACUGAAGAACCCUGACCCUAACAUAGCACCACCAACAGCUUGGCUCUAUCAGCACACACACAGCUGGUGGACAGGGCUGCGCAACAACACAAAAAUAUGCAAUAGUUUGUCAAAUAUUCAAGUUUUGAACUAAAAUUGAUGUUCACAAAUUUUUUCAAUUGAGCAUAUAAAGUUGAAAUGUAACAUUUAACUUGCAUUUAAAAUGUCAAAUUAAAUGAUAAAAUGUUCUAUAGAUGCAUAAAUCGCAGUCCAACUAGAGACAGUGCUUCAACCCCUACACACUUAGGAAGGGUCAGGGUUCAACUUUCAAGGGCCCAGCUAAUGAUGACUUGCACAGAAAGCCAAAACUGGCAAGGGCAAGUCUGAUGUCACCUGGCGUCCAAUUUUAUAUCUGUGUAUAUAGAGAAGCUUAAUUUGCCAUUAAGCCUCAUACUGUAUAAUUUUUGUGUGCAUAAUAAAAUUUGAAAAUGUACUGUUGCACCAUUAAAAUAAUGAAUGAUUAGAUUUUGUCUUUUUGUUUUUCUUUACAGAUGGUGUGUAUUUAAUAGGUCUUGUCUUUUAUUAGCCUUGUUGCAAAACUCUUGGCGACUCCAUUUCUCUGUUUUUGCAGCAUCUUAUGCCGUGAGUGUUACGUUAAGAUGCCGGUUUAAGUUAAAAGUAGUACAACUUUGAAAAAUGCAUCUCAAAAGCCCCUACGCUCUGUUCCAUUCUGUUCACUCCUUGUCUUUUUGAACGCAAGAAUGUCCUGGGUGAACGGCUCCAUAGAACAGUGCCAAAGAACAUUUUGUACUCUGUACUCAAACAUUUUGAUGUUUUUUUUUUAAUUGUUAUUCUAUGAAAACGUAUUAGAUGCAUGUCUUUGACCGCAGUACUCUCUGUUUUUCAGUGUCUUACACAGGGACGACACAUUUAAAUAAAAAUUUGAGUCUUGUUAAAAGAACUUCUGCUUUUAAAAACAUGUAUUUGAGAGACCUACAUUCUGUUUCGUUUGUUGCUCUGUAUCUAGUUUUGUUUAGUUAAGUUAGUUUUUGCUUUUUGUUCUGAGUGGCUCAUGUAAUGAUUUGGAGUAUGAUCUGGAGCACUCUACAUAGGCAGCAUCUCUGCAUUGCCAUAAAAAUGGCCAAAUUCUGUACACUGCCGUGGCCAAAAGUAUUGGCAGUGACAUCAAUUUUGUGUUUCGCAGUUUUCUGCUUCAGUUGUUGUGGUGUUGAUUCACAUUGUUUCUAGAAUAUUUUGCAGAGUGAUCAGAUGCAUUCAUUGGUCAAAAAAUUCACUUCAUCACAAAAACCCAAAUUUCACAGUUUUUUUGGCCCUGGCAUGAAAUGGCCAGGUGAAAUCACUCUAUCAUUCUGAUUGGAUAAUAGGAGCAGACUGAUUGCUAUAAAUGAGGGAAGAAGUGCUUCCAAUCAUUGUGGUCUUGUUAGCAAUGAUUCCCUCUAAAGAAAGACGUGCAGCCAUCAUCACUUUGCAUCAAAAUGGCCUC